UGAAUAUUCCAGCCAUGCGUCCGGUUGGCGCUAUUACACAUUCUUUGGCAAUGGUGAAAAAUUCUUUUUUUCGACGUAUUAAAAGUGUUUUAAAGUGAAAAAGUGUGUUAAAAAGUGACAUGUUAAUGUAGUGUUAAUGUGUGCAUAUUGUUUAAGUGUCGACACAUGGAGAGAUGACAAAUUUUAUCUAGAUCCUGCUUUUGGCGGUUGAUCUGGGUUCGAAAAGGUCAACGACGUUGUUUCUUCUUUGUUGAAAAAGGUAUGAUUUUGUGUGGAUACGUCAUGUUAAAAAUAAAUCCUGCCAUUUCCAGAAUUUUCAUUAUUUCUGACAGGAAGAAAGAAAGUCGUCGUAUUCAUAAUUCGUCCUCAAAAAAAGAGUAGGUGGAAAAUAUCAUGAUCCUGGAAAAGGAAGGAACAUCAACUAAGACGAGUGCCUCAUUGGCGAUAAAAUCAAUACAGAUUUCGCGAACAUCGGAAAAUGUUUCUAAAAUGAUUUCCGAUGUUCAGAAACAUAAAAUUCACUCAUUGCCUUUUGAAUGUGCCUAUCGCGGUGAAGGAAAUGCUAAUCUCGUCAUUGCCGUGCCAUACGAACACAAAGUAAUUCGCUUCCGGAAAUGUGACACCGGAAAUUACUCUUCUGACGGAGGUUUGAAUCGAGUCAACAGGGAAAGAGAUUUUAUAAAAAUGGUUCUUUCACCCUUCCUUCAACCUUACUUGAAUGUACCUGAAAUUCUACGUUUCGAUCGAACUGAAUUGGACGAAUUUUCCAAAAUGAUUUAUUCACUGCGACCAGAACAACGACGAUUUAAGCAAGCAGUUGAGGAAUAUGCCACAAAAUUUCCGGAUCACGCUUUCCUUCCGGAAUUUUUGAAUUGUAGAGAAAAAGUUUCGGCACGUAAUAAUAAAUCAAUUUUUUGCGUUGAAAUUAAACCAAAACAGGGAUUUCUGUCGAAAAAUGAUCAACAAUUCCAAAAGUGUCCCUAUUGCCUCACACAAUAUCACAAAUUGGAAAAAAAAUCGAUAUCAAGACGAAGUGGUUACUGUCCUUUCGACCUAUUUUCCGGUGAGCGCAAUCGGAUGCAUCGUGCUUUAAAGGGUCUUCUUCAGGAUCCACAAAAUAAUUUUAAAAUAUUCAAAGACGGAAUUGUGGUUUACGAUCAAAAUUCAGAGGCAAAUGAUCUCAACAAUAUUUUUAAAGAAUGGUUUCCAAAUAUUAUUGAAUCAUCAGAGAAUCGUGAGAAGAAGAACUAUUUGGAUAGUUUUUGUUUUCUAAUACAAGAAGCUCUACUACGUAAAUUUCCAAAUGAGAAUCAGGAUUUGAAUCGAAAUUCAAUGGCGUUCGACAUAAAUCAGGAUAUUGAAGUUCUCUCACGUCUCAGUUCGGAAAUCGUGGCCAAGGCUAAGAAGAUGCUGUACUUUACAAACGAGGAAUGUGAUUUUACAAGUACUGAUUUGCCCCAUGGUUCAGUGUUGAAACAAAUUCUUGAAAUGCAACAACUGCAUUGCUGUGGAGACGAUAUUAUUUCUUGGAUCUAUUCCAAAUACUCGACAAUUCUUGACGACGAACUCAUCUAUUCGAGUUUAAUUAAUGUCUAUCAAUCACGUGGAAUUAUACAACGUUCAUCAUUUUUCAAUAAUUAUAUGAAUUCUGCAAUAAAUGAUGAUUAUUAUACGAAAAAUGAUGGAAAGAAAAAAGAAAUGCAAAAUUCUAUCAAAGAUUCAAUUCUACUUUUGAAUCGCCAAAAAAGUCAUGAUCGAAAUAAACGAAGAACAUUGGAAAAUUUUUCUGUUCAAAACAAUAGACUGUUGGAUAAAUUACCAACUGAUAAAGAAAUAGUAUUUGUUGAAAAUUAUUUACUUUUUUGUACAGCAAGAGAUUGUUCAAUUCUUAUUGCUUUUCAAGAAAUGAAUCCAAAUGAAUACAACAAUAUUAACGAUGAUUACAUAAUUCAAAUAUCGGAGGAAUUAAAAUUUUUGACAAGCGUUCGAAUUUCUGAUUUGGAUCCAAAGAGUGUUCAUUCAAUUGAAAAACAUUGUCAUCGUGAUCUACAAACAUUAAAAUCUGUGAUUCACAUAAUUGAAGAAGAGCUUGUUCAAGGAAGACAAAUUCAAUCGACGAAUUCAAUCAAAACUCACUAAAUAUAGUGAGAAUAAAACAAAUUAUUGUGAUAAACGAUGAAAAAGAGACUGAAAAUUAAUUGCGAAGAGCUUUAUAAUUUAUUGUUAAUCAACUCGAAAUAGUUUAGAUAUAUAUUUUAAAUAAUUCUAGUCCCCCUUGAAUUUUUGCGAUGAGUACAAAAAUAGCUUUCAGAGAACGAUGAAAUUUUAAAGCAAAAACUUAUUUUAUCGGUAUGUAAUAUAAUUUUUAACAAUUUUAUUUUUAUUAAUUAUUUUCAACAUUACUUUUAUUUAAAAUAUAUUUUAUCGUUUUUUUUU